AUGACCUUUGCCCCUGCUCUUAUCCUGAUCUUGGCUUCUGUUAAUUGUUUUCCAGUGACGCCUCCUGAACCCCGAGUCUCUUUUUUGUGUUGCUCCCGAGCUUCGCCCCUGACUAAGGUCACUGAUUACCUCAUGGGCUACACCAAAACCGUCACCUGGCGCCGCGAGUCUUCGCAUCAUUGCCACGAGUCGAUCUUGAAGAACGAGACGCACAAGAGAAAGAGUUUCUGUGUACACUGGAAAGAAGGAGUACGGAUAGAAUUGUAUCAACCAAUAUCUAUCCGCUCCUUGUCUGGCGCACCGCCCAUCUACGCAGUACCAAUAUGUCAGAUGUCACAUCGCUCACAGGUUCAUUUACUGCCCAUCAUCCACGAGGACUUGAAGACCUCUUCUUUGCGGAUAGGUGUACGACUAUGGAUACCAUUCCUUGACCGGUGA